AUGGACUAUACGUACACAGCAAGCGAACGGAUCCGACCAGGAAGACAGCACUUUUUGUUUCUGGUAGUCAGGGUUCAUAGGUAUUUGACAUCGUUACUAGCUAUGAUAACCUCAAAUGACAAACAUUUCGUACACAGCGGUAGUCCAGGCGAGAAGAACGCUGGAAGUAAAUUGCUGGUUCUUUCUACGCACUUUACCACGGCAAUACCUCUGUUGUUGCCCACUUGCUAGAUCAUAAAUAGGUCAUGGUACACGUUUUACCUGUCAAGAACAAUGUAACAAACUAGGAUGGUAUGAACUAUUGCGAUGGUGGCGCCCGACAUGCACGCUGAAACCUUAACCUGGGCAUUCCCAUGAUUAUAAGAUCGUGAGUGGUUUUAAAACGCCACAUAGAACGACAAAUGGUAGUUAUACUGCCGGUCUCGAGUCAAUUACAAGGGCUUUAGGGGG